AUGCAAGGCGGCGCGCAUGCGGGCGCCGCCGCCGCCGCCACCGAGGCCCCAGUCAGGGUUUGCCGAGCCCAGCCAACCCCUGCCAGCCCUCUCUCCGCUCCUGCACCUCCUCCCUUCCACCCUCCCUCCCUGCAGGCCACGCUGAAGAAGAAGGAGGCGGAGCUGGAGCUGGUGGCCCCCUACUCCCGCUCCUACGGCCGCACCCUGGUCAGCAGCGUGGUGGAGUCAGAGUCGCAGGGCCUGGCGCUGGUGGGCAGGACCAUCCGCAUCGGCGGCUGGGUCAAGACGGGGCGCGAGGCGGGCGCGGGAGCCUUUGCCUUUCUCGAAGUCAACGACGGCAGCUGCUUCCAAAACAUCCAGAUCAUGGUUGACAAAGAGGUGGGGGACCAAGUUGGGGGGCUGAGGCAGCUGACGCCCACCAGCACCUGCGUGCUGAUAGAGGGAGUGCUGGCAGCCACGCCGCCCGGCACCAAGCAGAAGGUGGAGCUGAAGGCCACCAAAGUUGUGCAUGUGGGCAGCACAGACCCGGCAGAGUACCCGCUGGCCAAGAAGAAGCAGAGCUUUGAGUUCCUGCGGGACAAGGCGCACCUGCGGCCGCGCACCAACACCAUCGGCGCUGUGGCGCGCAUCCGCAACGCCCUGGCCUAUGCCACCCACCGCUUCUUCCAGGAGCGAGGCUUCCUGUAUGUGCACACGCCCAUCGUCACGGCCAGCGACUGCGAGGGGGCAGGGGAGAUGUUCCAGGUCACCACGCUGCUUAACAAGAUUGACGAGGAGCCUGAGGUGCCGCCCCCCACCCCAGAAGAGCUUGCAGCGCUGCAGGACAGGGUGCUGAAGGAGGCCAAGGCGGCGGCUGCGGCGGCCAAGGAGGACAAGGCUCUGGCCAAGGCCAGCAAGGAGGCGGUGGCGGCGCUGCUGAAGCUGAAGGAAGAGGUGGCGAGGGCGGAGGAGGCCGGCUCUCUGUGUGGUGGUGUGCGUGCAUGCGCGCGUCCCGCCUACCUGACGGUGUCGGGGCAGCUCAACGGAGAGUACUACGCCUGCGCCCUGUCCAACAUCUACACCUUUGGCCCCACCUUCCGUGCCGAGAACUCCCACACCGCGCGCCACCUGGCCGAGUUCUGGAUGAUUGAGCCGGAGAUGGCCUUCUGCGACCUGGCGGACGACAUGCAGUGCGCGGAGGAUUACGUGCGGUACUGCUGCCGCCACUUGCUGGACAGCUGCCGCCCCGACCUCGAGUUCAUAAACUCCAUGAUCGACAAGGGCGCCAUCGCCCGCCUGGAGCAGGUGGCCAACUCCUCCUUCAAGCGCGUCUCCUACACCGAGGCCAUCGAGCUGCUGGAGGGGGUGGUGGCGGCGGGCAAGAAGAAGUUUGAGUUCCCGGUGUCCUGGGGCAUCGACCUGCAGAGCGAGCAUGAGCGGUACCUGACCGAGGAGGUGUUCCGCCAGCCCAUCAUCGUGUACAACUACCCCAAGGACAUCAAGGCCUUUUACAUGCGGCUUAACGACGACGGCAAGACGGUGGCGGCCAUGGAUGUGCUGGUGCCAAAGGUGGGGGAGCUGGUGGGCGGGUCGCAGCGCGAGGAGCGGCUAGACGUGCUGACGCGGCGCAUCGCGGAGUCGGGCAUGCCCAUGGAGCCUUACUCCGCCUACCUGGACCUGCGCAAGUACGGCACGGUACCGCACUCGGGCUUUGGGCUGGGCUUUGAGCGGCUGAUCCUGUUUGCCACGGGGCUGGACAACAUCCGAGAGGUCAUCCCCUUCCCUCGCUGGCCAGGCAAUGCCAACUACUGA